AUGGCAAGCCGCUCGAGCCCCCGCUGCCUGCUGCUCUUGCGCUUGCGCCCCCCCCGCCCUCGCCGCUUCCCCGCUUCUUCUCGCCGUUUCCCCCCUCCCAUCGCCGCUUUCCCCCUCCCCUCCUGCUUCCCCCUUCUCUAUUUCCAUCGCCCCAUCCCUCCUCCUCGCCGCUUCUACAUUCCCCCUCGCCGUCUCCUCUCCACCUGCUCGCCGCGCUCCACCACGCCGCACUCCUCUGUCAUUCCUUCGUUCCUCCACCCCCCAGUCGCGCCCUGCGUCCUCCCCAACCCAUGCACCAUGCACCCCAUGCAUCCCAUGCAUGCAUGUGCCGGCACGUGUGCAUGGGAGCGCAUGCACUGGUGGGUGGGAGCGCAUGCACUGGUGGGUGGGAGCGCAUGCACUGGUGGGUGGGAGCGCAUGCACUGGUGGGUGGGAGCGCAUGCACUGGUGGGUGGGAGCGCAUGCACUGGCGGGUGGCCUCACAUGGCACUGGCGGGUGGCCUCACAUGGCACCACACGGCUUGCUGCGCGUUCAUAGGGCUACUGGGCACGGUGGGGCCCACGUACACGGGCGUCAUCGUGGCGGACGUGGGCGUGGCGCUCUUCGGCCUGGUGGCCGUGGCCAGCGGGUACCAGGCGCUGGGGCGCACAUACGCCGCACUGCUCAUGCUCAUGCUGCUCCUCGACUCCCUCUGGCUCGCCCUCUUCGCCCCCCACAUCUGGUGCCCUCUUCGCCCCCCACAUCUGGUGCCCUCUCCUGCUCACUCGCCCCACCUCCCUACGCCCAGCUGCUCCUCCCUACCCGCACAUCUCCUCGUCCUCUCUCCCAGUUCCAUCUCUUUGCCAGCCCUCGUUUCUGUACCCGCUGCCACGGGCACGACCCGCAGCGUUCACAACACCUGCACCGCCUCACAUGCAUCUUCAACUCACUCUGCACCUUACUCCUUGCUUCACCUGCCACCACCCUCUCUCCCCCUCCGCCACACCCUGCAUGCCCGCCUCAUCAUGCUGGACAUGCCCUCUCUCACUCGCCUCAUCAUGCUGGACAUGCCCUCUCUCACUCGCCUCAUCAUGCUGGACAUGCCCUCUCUCUCUCGCCUCAUCAUGCUGGACAUGCCCUCUCUCACUCGCCUCAUCAUGCUGGACAUGCCCUCUCUCACUCGCCUCAUCAUGCUGGACAUGCCCUCUCUCACUCGCCUCAUCAUGCUGGACAUGCCCUCUCUCACUCGCCUCAUCAUGCUGGACAUGCCCUCUAUCACUCGCCUCAUCAUGCUGGACAUGCCCUCUCUCUCUCGCCUCAUGCUGGACAUGCCCUCUCUCACUCGCCUCAUCAUGCUGGACAUGCCCUCUCUCACUUUUCCUUUGCCAAAUCCCACCCUAACCAACUCCACCGCACCCCACCCCAGCCCACUGCUAGAGAGCGAGGAGCUGACGGCGCCGUGGAGGCAGCACCCGCUGGUGGCGCUGGCAGUGCUGCUGGAGCUCACGUGCCACUCCCUCACCUUCACGCUGCGCCUCCUCUCCGCCCUGCUCUGGCUUCAGCUGCUGCGCUUGGGCCUGGCACACGCCAGGGAGGGCAUCGCAUGGCACUGUCGUGUGUUCUUAAGGAUUUCCCAGAGCCAACUGGCCCCGUCCGUGCCUCGCCCCUCCGUCACAUCCACCAACUCUCGCCUGGGCCUAGCGGAUGGCAUCGAGGCCGUGGCCAUGGCAAGGCCGUGGCCAAGUCAGAGGUUGUCUAGGAUUCUCAAAAGCCAGCGAGACCCGCUCCUGCCCAUCCCCCGCGUGCAGAUGCUGCGCCUGGGCCUGGCGGACAGCAGGGAGCCCACACCCGUGCCCACCUCAGAGGUGCACGCCUACCUCCCUGCCUACGACAGCCUCGGCCCGUACCGCCCUGCAAGCUCGGCAACGCCGGACCUGAGCCCCACGGCGGGGCGGGAGCGGGCGGUGGGUGAUGAGUUCGUGGGCAGCGCCAUCUUCCACCCGUCCGCCUUCGCCACGCUCUUCCAGUCCGACACCCUCCUCAACUACCUCUCUGAGGUGCGCUCUUCCAGUCAGACACCCUCCUCAACUACCUCUCUGAGGUGCGCCCACCUGCUCAACUACCUCUCUGAGGACGGCAGCAGCAGCGCGCCCAACAGCCUGGACAGCAGCUAUGGGGGGCACCCCGUGGCCGCAGGCGCGGAGGACACUGAGGUGCAUGGGUGGGAUGGGGUGAUAUGGGGUGACGUAAUGUGA